CUCGGAGGCGCAUGGGUGGUGGGUGGGAGACAGUCAGAUGCCCGGCGCUGUGCGCGUGUGGGGGUGGUGUCAGAGCACCGGUGGGAAAGAAUAAGGGGAGCACGCCCACUUUCAGAGAAGAGUUGAGAGGAGAGAGGCGCGGAACGGAAAGAAAAGGAAGAGUUGAGAGAGGAAGAGAGAUAGGAAAAAGACCUCGACGGAGAGGAGGAGGAGGAGGAGGAGAGAGGAGGGGGGAGGAGAGCUCCGUCUCUCCCGGUGCACUUGGCAGUCUAGUUGCGGGCUGCUGUGCUGUUGCUGUCGUGGCGUAGCUGGUUGCGCCAGGCGGGGAACUUCACCGCACUGGAGCCCGGAGUCCCACUCUCCCACCCGCGCAGUUCGGAGCUGCCAUGGCUCUCCCGCCAGGAUUUGCCGUGAUCAUGAUUCUGCCGGCCUUCCUGCUGCACACCAGCGGCCUAUACAUCGCCAGUAGCGUUGACUCCCUGCAGCAUGUCCUGGGGGAGUAUGGACUGGUGAGGCCAAUCAGUGUGGAUGCAGAGGGCCGCUUUCUGUCGCACGCCGUUUCAUCUAGACGUGCUGCAGCGGGGCAGUCCCGUAGGCGCCGGAGGAGGGAGGUAGGAGAAGGCGACACAGAGUGGGAAGGACCAAAAAGAGCUGAGGAGGAAAAGCUUUACUACAACGUCACAGUCUUUGGCCGGGAGUUCCACCUGCGCUUGCGCCACAAUGCCAGGCUGGUGGCUCCUGGAGCUAAGAUGGAGUGGCAUGAUGACAGCGACAACAUCCGUUACACCGAGCCGCUGCACGGCGAAGACCUGUAUGUGGGCGACAUCACGGACACGCCGGGGGCCACUGUAGCUAUCAGCAACUAUGACGGCCUGGCUGGCGUGAUCAGGACAGAGCAAGAGGAGUUUUUUAUCGAGCCACUAGACAGGGGAGAUGGGGUGGUAGAAAAGGAGGAGGAAGAAGCAGGAGGAGGCCGGGUGCACAUCGUCUAUCGCUCCUCAGCUGUUAAGAAACCCCCCAUCAGCAGUGCAGCAGAGGGCUUCCACGCUAGAGGGGCAGAUCUGGGUGGCUUGAUGGACCUGGAGUCUCUGUAUCGGGGUGUGGAGCAGAGCAUCAACCACACCCGAGCAGGGCGAGUGCGGAGACAGAGCCCGGACCGAUCUUACAACAUCGAGGUGCUGCUGGGCGUCGAUGACUCCGUGGUCCAGUUCCACGGCAAGGAGGAUGUCCAGAAGUACCUGCUCACACUCAUGAACAUAGUAAAUGAGAUCUAUCAUGACGAGUCUUUAGGAGCAAAAAUCAACGUGGUUCUGGUCCGGAUAAUCAUGCUGGGCUAUGGCAAGUCCAUGAGUUUGAUUGAACUGGGAAACCCCUCUCAGAGUCUGGAGAACGUGUGUCGCUGGGCCUUUCUGCAGCAGAAGCAGGACACGGGAGAUGCCGAGUACCACGAUCACGCCAUUUUUCUCACAAGACAGGAAUUUGGCCCCACUGGCAUGCAGGGUUACGCUCCAGUGACAGGGAUGUGCCACCCGGUGAGGAGCUGCACUUUGAACCACGAGGAUGGGUUUUCCUCUGCUUUUGUGGUGGCACAUGAGACUGGACAUGUGUUGGGGAUGGAGCAUGAUGGUCAGGGAAACCGCUGUGGAGAUGAGGUGCACAUGGGCAGCAUCAUGGCUCCUCUGGUCCAAGCUGCCUUCCACCGCUUUCACUGGUCCAUUUGUAGCAAGCAGGAGCUGGGACGCUACCUUCAUUCAUAUGACUGUCUUCGUGAUGACCCAUUUGACCACAACUGGCCAUCUCUGCCUCAACUUCCUGGAUUGCACUACUCCAUGAAUGAACAGUGUCGCUUUGACUUUGGCGUUGGCUACACAAUGUGCACAGCGCUACAAAAGGCGGGCCAGGCAGGAACACAGUAUCGAACUUUUGAUCCAUGUAAGCAGCUGUGGUGCAGCCACCCAGACAAUCCAUUCUUCUGCAAGACCAAAAAAGGCCCACCCAUUGAUGGAACCAUGUGUGGAAGUGGAAAGCACUGCUUUAAAGGUAAAUGCGUCUGGUUGACUCCUGACAUCAUGAGGCAAGAUGGAAACUGGGGCUUGUGGAGCGAAUUUGGACAAUGUUCACUUACCUGUGGUGGAGGGGUACAGUUUCGUACACGCACCUGUGACAAUCCAAGACCCGCAAAUGGAGGGAGAACCUGUGUGGGGGCAACUUUUCAAUUCCAGAUGUGCAACUUAGAAGAGUGUGAAGACAUCUACAGUGACAUCAGAGAAAAGCAGUGCCAAGAAUGGGACCACAGCGACAAGCAAAACUGGCUGCCUUAUGAACACAAAGAGUCUAACAAGCGCUGCCAACUGUACUGUCAGUCCAGGGAGACACAAGAUGUGGUCUUCAUGCAGAAAACAGUCCUGGAUGGCACGCGCUGCUCGUACAAGGAUCCACACAGUGUGUGUGUGCGUGGCGAGUGUAAGAAAGUGGGCUGUGAUGGCGUGGUUGGCUCCUCUAAGCAGGAAGACAAGUGUGGGAUAUGUGGAGGUGACAGCUCCACCUGUAAAAUCAAGAAAGACAUAAUCACACGAACAGCAAAGAAACAAGGUUUGCUCAAACUUCUUGAAAUCCCCAGAGGAGCGAGGCACAUUAUGAUUCAGGAACUGAAAGCGACCCCACACAUUCUUGUUGUAAAGAAUGUGGCGUCUGGGCUUUUUUUCCUAAACGGGGACGCCAAAGACGCCAAAGACCCCAAAUCUCGCUCUGUCAUUGAGAAAGGUGUGGAGUGGGAAUACGAUAAUGAAAACGACAAGGAAAGCCUUCAGAGCACAGGGCCUCUCAGACAUGGAAUUUUAAUAAUGAUGAAAGUAAUCGGGGAUGAAGAUGUGAAUUUGUCCUAUAAGUUCAUGACGAAUGAGAGCAGUGAUUCCUUCAUUCAAGACAACAUGUUAGUAGAGGACAAUGCGUAUGAGUGGGCAUCAAAGGGAUGGUCCUACUGUUCCAAGUCCUGUGGGGGAGGAAAGCAGUACCAGCGAUAUGUCUGCAGAAGAAAAGUAGACAGCAAAACGGUUCGUAAAAGUUUCUGUAACAAGUCUAAACUGAAACCAAGAGGAGACAUUGGAGACUGCAACCAGAAGCCCUGCCCCCCACCUCUCUGGGUGACCGGAGAGUGGCAGAACUGCAGUAAACCCUGCGGAAAGACAGGGAUGCAAAUCCGCUCUGUCAGCUGCAUUCAGCCUGACGAAGACAACACGACGCGCUCCAUCCAUAACAAAUACUGCAAUGACAACCGCCCCGAAGCUCGGAGACCGUGCAAUCGAUAUCCCUGCCCCACCCAAUGGAGAGUGGGGCCGUGGUCUCAGUGCUCAGUAAGUUGCGGUAACGGGACCCAGCAGAGGCAGGCGCUGUGCCACACCAGGGACAACACCAUCGGCCUGUGUCUGGACAGUAGACCGGACACCAUAAGAGUUUGUCGCCUGGAUCCAUGUCCCAAGGGCUCAUCAGACCUCAACAAAAAUGGCAACAUUCUGAUCCAGUGGCUCUCUCGUCCAAACUCCAACUACCCAAGGAUCUCCUCACGCCAGCGUUGUCAUGGAGACCGCUCUGUGUUCUGCCGCAUGGAUUUGCUGAAGCGGUACUGCACUCUACCGGAGUACCGGCGCAUUUGCUGCAAGACAUGCAGUAGCAUCGGCAUCGUCACAUCUGUAUCUAACAACAAUACCAGAUCCACCCCUGUCACAUCUGUCCCACCCAGAGUUACAGUGUCUUCAUCUGCCAGCAUACUGAUGUCAGAUAUUCCCAACCCUCAGCCUACCAACGUCGUAACCACAAUUUUACCUUCUGCAGUCUCUUCCUGGUCAUCUACCCAUCCGUCGUCUACCUCCACCACAGAAUUCAUCUCUACCUAUCCAACACCUACAGCCAGCAUUUACCCUUCAUCUUCCUCCAUUCCAUUCACUACCAACACACUUUACACCACUUUUCCCACAGAUCCAAUGUUGGAGAGUUCCUCAAACUCUCCAACAACAGCUGGAACCGAAAUGCCCACAGACUCCUCAACAACCACCAGUAACGUAACAAAUCCAACAGAAUUGUUCUUUAAAUCUACGACAGAUGACAAGAGUAGGUCAAAACCCAACCCAUCAACAACAGACCCGAAUAAGAAAACCACACAACCAAAAACCACAGAAAAAGUCCUUCUGGAGAAAACAAAUACUAGUGCAGAAGAUGUAACUCCACCAAACACAAAGGCAGAGAGAGCCAGUCCAGAAAACCAAAUGCAUAAAAAUAAAACUCCACCAAAACUCACCAUAAAAAAGACAGCUCCACCCACAAGUACAGAUAAAAAGACUGAUUUACCUAAAAUUACAAUAAAAAAGAUAACUCCACCCAAAACUAUCAAUAAAAAGACACCCACGCCAAAAAUGAAAGUUAAAAAAACAACUCCACCACCUACGACAGUAAAAAAGACAACUCCACUAAAAACUACAGUUAAAAAUACAGCCAUGCACAAAAUGACAGUAAAAAAGACAACUCCACCUAAGGUUGCUGUAAAAAAGACAACUCCACCCAAAACUGUUGUAAAAAAAACUCCACCAACCUCAACAGUAAAAAAGACAACUCCACCCAAAACUGUUGUAAACAAAACUUCACCAACCUCAACAGUGAAAAAGACAACUCCUCCUAAAACUGCUGUAAAAAAGGCAACUCCAUCAAAAGUCAAAGUAAAAAAGACAACUCCACCAACAACAGUAAAAAAGACAAUGUCACCUAAAAUUCAAAUUAAAAAGACAACUCCGCCAAAAGCUACAGUUAAAAAGACAACUCCGCCAAAAGAUACCGUUAAAAAGACAACUCAGCCAAAAGAUACCGUUAAAAAGACAACUCCAGUAAGAUCUCCAGAGAAAACAAACAAACCCGUGUUCAAAAAGGAGGUUUCUCCAAAGCCCAGUACCAAAAAGAGUCUUGGAACAAAAGCAGAAGACAAAAAAACUGCAAAGACUAAACUUCUUCAAAAGAUACCAACGGUAGGACCCAAUGGUUCUUCUAUUUUACAGAAUAAUGAUAAUCCUAAUAAAACUAUAAACAAAAUUACUAAUUUCAAAAAGAAAACCCAGCUUCCUUUGAGCUCAAGUCCCACUCCUAAUGCAAACAAAGAAUCAACGCAAGUAGAGUUUUCUUCCACUGUAUCUUCUAGUGUGAAUGCAACAGUGGAAAGUAUCAUCAAUUCUGAGUCAGGGACCAGCACCACAUACAUCAAUAAUGACCAUGCUUCUACAGUUGAAACUUUAUUGUGGAACAAUGUACACACAGUGACUGAAGCCACCACACCCAGCACCUUUAGUGAUUUUGUAACCACCACAGGAAGCAUGCCGUACAGUGAGCUCACAGUAACAAGCAGUGGGAAUGCUAUAGAGAGCAGCGGGACUUUCUCAAGUGGUUAUGAGAGCCCAGAGUUUGACAGUAGCUCAGGAGUAAUCAGUGGUGUAGGUGUGCUGGAUGAAGACAUUUCUGUAAUAAUUCCAACUGUGAAUGGAGAGGACACAGCAGAGUACUCCUCGUCACCAGGGUUGAAUUUGUUUGAGGACAUUGUCAUUACCAUUCCCACUACCCCAACAACCUCCAGUACAGUUGUAACUGAGGCCCCUUCUGUAAUCCCACAAACAAAGGAGGAACUGACAACAAGCUCUGUGGCACCUACCUUAUGGUCUGACAAAACAACGACAAAGGACAAUGAGAAUAACUUGAUUGAUGUUUUUAACCACGGAGUCAUCAGUUCGGACAGCGAAAUCUCUAAGAACAACUUAAUCCUAAAGCGGUGGGUCAACCUCAGAGAAAGAACCAGGAACAAACGGAUUCAAGAGCUUUUAGAAGAAAAGAGAAACUUUCUUCUCCAGAUGAAAAGAGGACAGACCUAAAAAUACAGUCAUUUUAUCAACUCUCAUUUCUCUUAUAGAGAUAAAGAUUUUUCUCUUCAACUUCUGUCAAUGCUUUUCCCAUGCCCUUCCCCAAAAGAUAAAAAGGGAAUAAAAAAAAAAAUCCUUAUUUUAUGAGCUUUGCUGCAGGGAAAAAAUAUAGAAUAGAUGGAACAAAAAGCACAAGACCAGAAGUCCAUCCCACUAUUCCACAUACUGUUGGGUAUACCCACACCAGGCAAUAGGUAUUGAACCCAAGUAAACCCAACACAUUUGAGUUGUACUUCACUCCGUACUUUGUUGUGACUAACCAAACCAUUUUAGGUUUAAGGUCCCACUCCAAACUUCUUUGAUCUAUGUGUUCCCAAUGAUCUUUUGGUUAUGGUUAUGGCGUUUUAGCCAAAAUAAACAUAAAUCUGUGUCAUGUUCUAGAACAUAGUCAAUGCAGAGAGACAGUAGUUCAUUAGAAAUUCACCUCUAAGUUCUGGGGGGGACUGUUGGCAUGGAGUUAGUCCUCUUUCAUUCGCCAUGAUCCUUUUGUUUACAGUGUUUCGCACUAGCUUACAGCUCCCCACAACCCCAACCUAACAUUAACAAAAAUGGCAAGCAAAAUUUGAGCUAUCCAGCCGUACAGGUUUGAGCCAGAUGCCAGUUCAGACGAGGAAAACAAAGACGUACAUGGAUUUAGUUGUCUACACGUGGAUGUAUCAGAAGGGAGCGGUGCAGGUAACUUGUGGCCCACCCAUUGUAGCUUCUACUUCAUUGCAAUGAAAAAAUUUUUUGACAAUGAUUUGAAUAAAGAAAAACUUGUCUUUAUAUAUGUCCAUAUAGACCACUUAUCUAUGACAUUACAUCCACGUUGUAUGCAAUUCUCUUUACUGCCUCUUUCUAUUCACUCUUAAUGCACGUCGAGACAUUUUCCUCCAUCAUGUGACAAAUCCCACCUAAGGGGCCGUUUUAGCCACUGAAACAAAAUGGAUUGGCAAUAAAUUAAAACAUUCAAGCUGGCAACUUUGACAGAAGUUAAAAGAUUUGUCAAAGUUUCUUUGUCCAGAAAAGUUAAUGAGUAAACAAGAAAGAGCCUACAACUUCAAAACAAAGAAAGCUGCAUUCAACAGACCCCAGAGUCCUACUGAAAAAA